AUGAAAGGCGACAGAGGGCUACCAGGUUUGAAAGGGAUGAAAGGCAUGAAAGGCAACAGAGGGACAGGUUCCAAAGGAAUGAAGGGCGAUAGAGGGAUGCCGGGUUUCAAUGGGAUUAAAGGGAUGAAAGGCGACAAAGGGAGAAGAGGUAACAGAGGGAUGAAAGGCAACAAAGGGAGGAGAGGUAACAGAGGGAUGAAGGGCUCCAAAGGAUCCCCAGGAAUGAUACUAAUCCUACCAAACAGAGGCCGGACUACCCCAGCUGGUCUACCAUUUGGAACAGGCCGUGGUACCUUAGGAGGCUUCCAAACCAGUGCAGGUUUCGGUACAACCGCGAGCGCCGGGAACACUCCACGUUUUGGACAGAACAACAGGGGGCUCACCAUAUUUAGGAACCAAAAUUUCGCUGCAACCCGUUCAUCCGUCUUAAAUACAGGGAUCUUCGGACAGAACUUUGGACAAAACUUUAGACUAAACCUUGGACAGAACUUUAGACUUAACGUUGGAGGGACCACAACGAGAGGACCAAAUAUUUUCAGAUUCCCCCUAUUUAACAGACUGCAAUCUGAGUCCAAGAGUAUCGAUAGAAUUGACGAAAACCAAAAGGCAUUUAAAACAGACGUUAUCACAGUAACAAUCACGCUGGCAGUAGCGGUCGUGGUGCUACUGGUGGUGAUUGUUGUCGUGUGGAGAAGAGCAGCACGGGCCAGGGAGACAUUACGGGAGACAUUACGACAGGAAAUUUUUCAGCUACAAGAACAAAUAAACAAUGAAUCUGCUACACAUAACAGCGACGGCGACAGUUCAAUAGUGUAG